AUCCUGUACGACAUGGCCGUCUUCAUGAUAAACAUCUGUAAAUUCAAUGGCUGUGGCAUUACAUUCCCGAGGUUGGCGGACUUAAUAGAACAUAUAGAAGAUGUCCAUAUCGAUUAUGAUCCAGCAGUUGUUGAACAAAAAGAAGCGUCACAGCCUGCCUGCAUACCCCUGAGCUAUGUUCUGAGGUUUUUCACGGAGGCUUCAAAGCGGGAAAUUCACAAUCUCCCACCAGUUCCGGAUGUCCGCCGCCGAUUGCUUUCCGCGCCGAAUACGCCAUCUAUCCGAAGCAGUACUCCUACCGGUAGCGAAAUGGAUGAGGAUGAAAUGAUGAGUCCAUCUGAAGACAGCAAUGACUCGUGGACUACAGUCGAGGAGUACAGCUCCGAGUAUAUACUGCGUUAUGGUGUCAAAAUGAACGCGAGCGCAUCCACGGGCGCCUUAGGCCCCGCGGCGCAAGAAAAGCCGUUCGCGUGCCCCGUGCCCGGCUGCAAGAAGCGGUACAAGAACGUCAACGGCAUCAAAUACCACUCUAAGAACGGACACAAGAAGGAUGGCAAGGUAAAAAAGGCAUACAAAUGCCAAUGCGGCAAAAGCUACAAAACGGCACAAGGCCUUAAAACUCACUCGCUAACACAUCACAUAGCUACGCGAGCCCCUCUCGUAGUCACAGCGGCGCCCGCGAGGCCGUUGACCUUAGACGCGGACAACAAACUAGUGCGCAUAUACGACGCUCUCACUGCUAAACAACUACCCGCAUUUACUAUACCCAAACAUAAUCUCAGCAAUUUAGGCGUACUGCCUUCUUUAACUCCGACUAAUGAUAAGAUGAAGAUCGUCGCCUCACCAAAAGUAACUGUGCAGAAUGCGCAGCCUAUCCCACUUGUGCCGUCUUUCAAUGACUCGCCCAAUUAAGUUGAGCGAAGAAAUGGGUUGCCACUCCACUCACUUUAGAUUUUUUUGGGUUUGGAUAGUAAAAAUGGCGCUUUCGUGAUAUUGUUGUAUCUAUUAGCCGAAUUCUUCUCGUUAACUUAUACCCUGAGCUGUAAGAAAUAUGCUUGAUGAUGACAGGAUUCAAAGAACGGCUGUAAAUGUUUUAGGUCAUUUAGUCAUAAUUUAUAUAAGUCCUGUUCGCAAAUUAAAUGAAAACAUUGAAUGUAAAAAAAAAACAUUCGAGUACUUGGUGUUCCAAAUCAAUAAUGUCAUAAAUAAUAUUUUUUCAGGUUUAGCGCAACACACAAACAAAGAGUGCCAAACGAACUUAGUGGCGGCUGUGAAGUAAGCGCAAGUCACCGAACCCUUUGCGGAUAGUUGCGCUUUCAGCUUUCUUCACAACCGCCUCAAAAUUUGAAUCGCUUUAUCCCGUAAGGUCCACUUGCAGCAAUUUUGCUAAAACUCAAUUUAACUAGAACUACAUUUAGCCCAUACAUACAUGUCAAAUUGACGUUUUGACAUUAUUCUAUGGGUUGAAGCUUGUUUUAGUAGAUUCGAG